AUGCUGCUCUUCUGCCCGCAGUGCGCCAACAUCCUAACCGUGUCGCUCACCAACGCGCGCCUCAACCGACUCGAGUGCCGGACGUGCCCCUUCGAGCACAGCAUCACGGAGCCCGUCUUCUCGCGGCGCGUCUACGAGCGCAAGGAGAAGGAGGACGUCUUCGGCGGGCCGGGCGCCUGGGACAAUGCGCAAAAGGGCCGCGUGCAGUGCCCCAACGACGGCUGCGACGGCGACGAGGCCGCCUUCUUCCAGGUCCAGAUCCGCAGUGCCGACGAGCCCAUGACGAGCUUCUACAAGUGCAUGACGUGCGGCCACCGCUGGCGCGAGAACUGA